UCCGUGUUUACGUCGGCUCAUUUGCAACGGUUUUCUGUAAACGAAUCCUGUAAUUCUGCUAUCAUGAAAGGUUUGAACUAAUUAAGGGCUGGAGACAUAAUUAAUCUUCAACAGAAUAAAGCCAAAAUGAGCUCUUUCCUCAUGUACUUACAGAGCAGUAUUUUCUUAAUUGCUUUGCUAUGGAACCCAGUGAAAGGCUCAAGAGGAGACACUUGUAAACAGUUUCUCAUAUGUAUGAGGCAAUGUUCCAAGGGAUGCAGUCUGGAUGAAUACCCUGGCAAACUGCCGAUAUACUUGACUGUGUUUUGGUGGGAUUGUACAGAUGAAUGCAAGUAUCAGUGUAUGCACAACGUCACAGCAAGUGACCUGAGAAACAAUAAACGAAUCAAACAAUUUUAUGGCAAAUGGCCAUUUAUACGAUUCCUUGGAAUUCAAGAACCUGCUUCAGUAUUAUUUUCAAUUUUUAAUGGAAUUGGACAUAUCCUUGGUUGGAGAAUGUUUAGAUCAAUUGUACCAAACACAGACUACAACAUGUACUCAGUUUGGAAAGUAAAUCUUGUGGUUUGUAUAAACGGUUGGUUUUGGUCAACAGUUUUUCACACACGAGAUCUAAACUGGACAGAGAAAAUGGAUUACUUCUGUGCCACAUCUAUGGUUAUGUACUCACUAUUUGCUUGCCUAAUGAGGUUUAUUGGACUGGAAAAUAAACGGAGCUGUUUUAUCGUUGGAUUGUCUUUCUGCUGCCUCUUCUGUUACCACGUUUUUUACUUGGCCUUUGUACGUUUUGAUUAUGGUUACAACAUGAAAUUCAAUGUUACAAUAGGUAUCACAAAUUUAUGCAGCUGGUUGAGCUGGUGUUUAACACAUUACCAACAACAACCUUAUGUUUGGAAAUGUGCUGUAGUGACCGUCGGCGUUUUCCUCCUUUUAGGUCUUGAGCUGGGAGACUUCCCACCAAUUCUGUGGACAUUUGACGCACAUUCCUUAUGGCAUCUCGGUACUGCUCCACUAUGUUACUUCUGGUACAGCUUUUUGGUGGACGAUGCAAAGUACCAAUUGUCGAUGAAGAGAAAGACCAAAAAGAGUCCUUGAAGACUACAAUAACCCAUUAGUGCGAAUCUACCGUGCCCUUUCAUACUCGAAGGAUACCUGACUUACUUGACAAAAGUUUAACCUCUUUGCCCCUUGUGAGGCAUAGGGCUUCCACCAUAGCUCUCCACUGGACUCUGUUCUUUGCAAUCUUUUCAGCCUUCUUCCACGUUUUCCUGAUGUUCUCCAGCUCUUUUAUCACUGUACAUCUCCACGACUGUUUUGCUCAUACAUGUACAACUCGAAGGAUGUAAAAAUGCUUAACCUUUUACAAAUUCAUCCAUAAUGUCACGAUGGACAGUCACCACCCCUCCUGGGGCAAGGGCCGCCGACAAGGGUCCUCCAGGUAUCUCUGUCCUCGACUUUUCUCUAUCUGGUUCCAGGUCAGCCCUAAUCUCCAGAUGUCUGCUUCCAGGUCCCGGCGCCAAGUGCCGGAGUGGGUACUGGGCUCGAUUACCUGCUGGUGAGCGGUGGAUAUCGAGUCUGAAUCAUCUGCCGAUUUAUAGCACGUACACAGUUUCCUAGGAUAAAUUGCUCCAUGAAUUCCACAACCUGUAACAGUUAACAAUUUUUGUGCAAUUUUGCAUUCUGUAAUAGCUGUUGUUGCACUGCUUAGUGGUUUGACCUACAAAGGACGUGAAAGGGUCAGUUCUGCUUUGUAUUGCAAGGUUGGACGGCUGUUUACAAUACCCAAUUGUAGUUAACAAUCUAUUAUCAAUUGUACAGUUUACAAUUAUCAAUGAAUUGUAAUGUACUUUUCUAACAAGCUAAGAAUGCAAUGUAAUAAAAUAGAUUAGUUUUAACUUUUUUAAACAGCCGAAUUCAAAUGAUUGAUGGAUGCAAUUUCUACACAAUAAAUUUCAUCGUCAGGAAACUUAG